AUGGCUGAAAAGAUAGCACUACAGGUGCCUGAAAGUCUGGCAUGUCCACUUUGUCUCGAUGCCUUUAAGGCCCCCACCCUCCUCGCCUGUGGACAUACAUUCUGCAAGGUCUGUCUGGACAAAUACGAUACACAUCACCGAGGUCAAGAUUUCAUGGAGUGUCCGGUUUGUAAGAAACGCACCAAACUGGAAAAAAGUAGAGUCGCAGGACUUGCACCCAAUUUCUCUGUAAAAGGCCUCGAGGAAGAAUUACAGGUACAUAAGGUCAAUGGAAAACCAGUGUUCUGUUCCCUGCACAGUCAAGUCUAUAAAGACAUUCUGUGUGCGGUUUGCAAGGAAUUCAUCUGUCUGACUUGUUUGUUUGAAAAACAUCAAGGUCACAUGUUUAAGAAGAAGGAAGAGCUGGAAGCAGAGUUGAACAAGGAAAGAAAGUCUGUCAUUCAAAAAAGUGAGAAGAAGAAAGUACAGAUCAAAAAGUCCAUCACCAAUGCUGAGCAACAAAUGUGUGAUAUGUAUUCUCAUCUGGGGAAUCUAAAGGGGGAAAUAAAAAAAUCCUUUGGUGAAAAGGCACUGGUUCUUCUAAGAAAAAGGAAAAGGCUACUAAAACAAAUUAAAAAAAUCCGCACAAAAUCUGGCAAGGUCAUGACAGAUUUCAUUCGACGCCAGAAACAUUCCUUGCAGAGUCUGAAUGUAAACAGCACUCUUAUGGGACAAGAGGGCAUUGCAAGUACUAGUACGUGUAAGUUUUCAGACUCUGAUGCACUAAACAUACUUUACAUAGAAUUCACUUGUCUAAAACAGGAAUUGGAGAAAGAUCUCGACGAAACGUCCAUAGCGCAAAAAGUUGAGAACACCCGCUUUCGCCCAUCUGUUGAGGAUAAUCUUGACCUAGGUACUCUCGACCAGGACGCAAGCGAAAGUGAUGAUGAUCUUGACGAAGGUUCUCCCGACCAGGACGCUAGCGAAAGCGAGAAUGGUUCUGACCAAAGUUCUCUCGAAGCUGACCAAGGUUCUCAGGAUGUUAGCGAAAGCGGUGAUGAUCUUGACCAAGGGUCUCCCGACCAGGACGCUAGCGAAAGCGAGAAUGAUUCUGACCAAGGUUCUCUCGAAGCUGACCAAGGUUCUCAGGAUGUUAGCGAAAGCGGUGAUGAUCUUGACCAAGGGUCUCCCGACCAGGACGCUAGCGAAAGCGAGAAUGAUUCUGACCAAGGUUCUCUCGAAGCUGACCAAGGUUCUCAGGAUGUUAGCGAAAGCGGUGAUGAUCUUGACCAAGGGUCUCCCGACCAGGACGCUAGCGAAAGCGAGAAUGAUUCUGACCAAGGUUCUCCGGAAGGGGGGAUCUCGCUCAUCCCAAGGCUCCUUGGCUAUACUGGAGGAAAAAAUGUUAUGUCGGAACAAAGCACACAAAAAGGGACGCAGGGAAACAAAGGGGGCAUCUGCUUGGUAAUGUAUGGGUACAGAUAA